ACGUUAACACUCCUCCGUCACAGUCCCUUGGAAGAACGAGAGAGAGAGAGGAGUGAAUGUGUGGGAGUCAAUGCGUGAGAAGGGAAAAUGAUGCAGGCUCACCUCCUGGUGGGACCCAUCCCGAUCAACGGCUACCGUAGCUUCUCCUCCGCCUUCGCCGGCGAUCUCCUCAGCUGCGAUGGAGGAUCUCCGUGUCACCGGAGUCGCUGGAAGACUACGGUUACGGCCGCCGCGGCUUCCUCUUCGUCUUCGUCGUGGUCAUCGCCGUCUCCGGCUUCGAUCGGCGGCGGUCAGAAUCACUACGCUGUUCUCGGAAUCCCCCGCAGCGCCUCAUUCGCCGACAUCAAGAGAGCUUAUCGACUUCUCGCCCUCAAGCUUCAUCCUGAUGUGAGCAAGGACUCCAGAGCUGAAGAGCUGUUCAAGAGCAUCCGCCAUGCUUAUGAAGUGCUAUCAAAUGAAGCUACGAGGAUUCAGUACGAUCGAACUCUUAAACAUCAAGAAAAUUCCAGGUCAUAUAGAGUGAAAAGGCACUACAGCCCCGAAGAUGAAGAUGAAGAUGCAGUGAAUUACUACAGCUGGUCUGAGAAAAAACGAAGAUCUCGGUACGAGAGAUUUUAUGGAUAUUAUUCUACAUAUCCAAACUCACAUUUCUACUGCGAUGAAACCGAUGACAAACCGCAAGAAAAAGACACGGCAGCUCGAGAGCGAGGCUCCUUUCUCGAAGUACUGAAGUCUGCCUUCUUAUCGAUAUUUCUCCUGAACGCCCUCGGUAGCCAAGUAUCUCUCACAUUUAGCACCGUCAUGGCCUUGCUCGACAAAGAACUGGACACAGGUUACAAACUCGGGUACUUGAUCGCGUGGGUAUUGGGCGGGAGAGGUGGUGUCCUCCUCACGCUCUGCCUCGGGUUUGCCAGCUGGGUCUGCGGAAAAGCCAGCAGCAGCGUGGUGGUUCUGGUGGUGGUGGCCAUGUGGGUCGGCUCCAAUCUGGCUAGACACGCCCCUCUUCCACAAGGUGCCCUUCUCACCCUUCUCUACAUGUCUAUCAAGCUUCAAUCUGAUUCAAGGUGAUUCCUUUUUCUGUGUCUCCACCACGUCUUUCAAUCUCAACCUAGUUGUACAUAUAUACGUUCUUCAAUGUGUAUAUUUGGCAUUCAGAGGUUUAUAUUGUAUCAAUCUACCUUGUGUGAUGACAAGUCAUGGGACAUGAGAACAUUGCGAUGGGAAAGAACAGAAAUUGCUUAA